GCCGUACUGAUCGCCUCGAUGACAAGGCCGUCAGUUACUGUUCGUGCACGAAUGCGACCAAAUACCCGGGUAUCUUGGCGGGUUUUCGCUCGGAGCUGCGCUCACGAGACCAGCUCGGGAACGAGAAAACGGAGGUGACGUUUCUGCGAAGAGGAGGAACAGUGAACGUUCGACAUUGAGAGCAACGUCCUACGAGAAACGACGAGGAAGGACUCAGCGUACGUGACAGCAGACCAGUGGAAACCUGUCGAGCACCUGGGGCUGUACAUUAGCCCAGCAUUGGCCGUGCUGAUAGGCAGACGAUUGUCAGCUGAAUGAGGCUCAUGGAACCUUUGGGUGUUGCCCUAGACGUGGUGGAGACGGGCGCAUUGAAAAAAUGGUCCGACUUCCCCGUCCAUCAUCGAUUCACAGACUACUCCAAUUCAAUCGGAGAACCCACACAUCAUACUAUAAGUCCCUUUCCAUGCCAACCAGCGAUUAACAGUAAAAUUGCGCUAUGGACGGAAGAUGUUUCUGUUCUACAAGUGGAUGCAGUGGUAAAUUCUACCAACGAAACAAUGGAUGAUAAUAGUCCUAUGUGCCAAAGAAUAUUUGCUCGGGCUGGUUCAGCACUUAAGAUGGAAAUAUUUAAUGAAGUAAAAGAAUGUAAAACUGGUGAAGUCAGAGUAACACAAGGUCAUGGAUUGCCUGCACGUUUUAUUAUUCAUACUGUUGGGCCAGUUUAUAAUGUGAAAUACCAAACAGCAGCCCAAAAUACAUUACAUUGCUGCUAUAGAAAUGUUUUGCAGAAAGCAAGAGAGCUUGGAUUACGUACGAUUGCGUUACCCGUAAUUAAUUCAGUACAAAGAAAUUAUCCUCCCGAUGCAGGAGCGCAUAUUGCGCUUAGAACAGUAAGAAGAUUUUUAGAGCAAUACGGUGAUUCUGUAACAUGCAUUGUAUUUGUUCUGGAACCAUGCGAUCUUGGAAUAUAUGAAGUUCUUCUUCCACUUUAUUUCCCAAGAAACUUAGCCGAACAAGACAAUGCUUGUUGGCAACUACCGAACGACAUAGGUGGUAUGGAUGGGGAACCUUUACUUCCUGACCGACAGAUCAGGAUCAUUGACAAUCCACAACAUGCUUUACACGGUGAUGAAAGUGUAGAAUUGUCCGCGCAAUUAGAGACAUCCGUAAAUAUUGGCGAACAUGCGUUUGCGCAAAUGCAGGGUGACUUGGAUCGGCAGAGACUCCUUGGGGAGAGACCACCUGCUGAUCCACUCGCGGAUAUAAUGUUAAAACAAAUGCAGCAGAAAGAAAGAUAUGAGAGGCUGCUCAGAAGAGCAAAGACAGAGGAUCUCUCUGAAGUUUCAGGAAUAGGUUGCCUGUAUCAGAGCGGAGUUGAUCGCCAGGGUCGACCUGUGGUCGUAUUCGUCGGCAAAUGGUUCCCUGCGACUAAAAUCAAUCUCGACAAGGCGUUGCUGUAUCUGAUACAGUUGUUGGAUCCAAUUGUAAAAGGCGACUACGUUAUCGCUUAUUUCCACACGCUAACGACCAGCGGUAACUACCCUAGCUUGCACUGGUUACGAGAAGUAUACAACGUGCUUCCCUACAAGUACAAGAAGAAUCUUAAACACUUCUACAUUAUUCAUCCGACUUUCUGGACCAAGAUGAUGACAUGGUGGUUCACGACGUUCAUGGCACCAGCCAUCAAACAGAAAGUCCACAGUUUACCCGGAGUGGAGUACCUUUAUGAAGUUAUGUCGCCAGACCAGCUAGAAAUCCCAGCGUAUAUUACAGAAUACGAUAUGACGAUAAACGGGAUGAGGUAUUACCAACCGGACCCAAUCUCCUCGUCACCGUCGACAUCUACGUAACUUUCCGACAAAGAUUGCCAGCCUGCGAAGCACUGGAUCGAAGAAAGUCGAAUCGACUGUUCCGGAUAGUACGGUUUCGUGCGUGUUUCCUCUACGACCAUCUCGAAUGCCCGCUUCCGCAGAAAAGCGCGUGUCCGACACGCGAAACCUUCGGUCGACUAUCAACGAGAUAACUCGUCGAUGAGGAGGGCUCCUCCAAAGCACCAAGGCAUCCGCGUCGCUUCGAAGAAGCUCCUCGCGAUGGAUGGACUGUGAAAUAGGAAAAGAAAAAAAAGAAACGUCGGAUGCUUCGCGUGUUUGUUCGCCAGUCGAUCGUUGAAGAAUCAAGAAACCACUGCCCUUCGUCAUCAGGUGUUUAUUGCUGGAAAAAAUAGCUUCUCCGAUUGGCUUAGAUCUCGCUGAAGUUGAUUUUGGACAAUCUUAGACAGACACCAAAAGAAUGGAAGGAUCUGAGGUGGUUUUAGGGAGGAUUGAAAAUUGUUAUUCGCUGAGAGGUGCGAGUGUCGGCUGCCAAAAACACCAAUAAUCAGUAUUCUCGUCGUUGUUAUGAUAGAGAGGAUAUUUACCCUUGAAUGUUAAUGCUGUUCGUGGAUUCAGAACGAUAAAGACAGGGUCACGAUACGUCGAAUAGAGAAGAGAGUUGACGACAUUAUUGUAGAGUUUCAAAUCAGACGGCUUAAUAUACGAACUGUCGAUCGCUUUCCUUUUAUUUUCUUAUCCGUCGUUGUACAGCGAAAGAGUUUAUUCGAUUGAACGUAUGUAUGUACUGAUAUUUUAUUAUGUCACGUCGUUGAUGAAUAAACGUCGAAUAUUUUCGAUAUACGAUCACACAGAGCUGUAUACGUAAAAUUCUGUGACCCCAUUGGAUUAAAGGAUGAUGCUGGAUGAUAUACAGAUUUAUAAUCAGCCUGUGUAUCGUUCGAUUUGUUAAGAUUACAUGAAAAUGAUCUGUAAAAACAGACAAUUUACCUUCAUCGCCGAUGACGAAUUCAAUUCAGACAGUGGUCUUGAUUCAUUCAUUAAAGAUUAUCAUCUAUUUUUAGUAAAGUCGUUUCGUUAAUUAGACUCGUUUCACAAAUUAGACAAUAUUAAUAAUACAUUAUAUUUCCCAUUUAAUAAAUUUUCAAAUAAUUAUUUAUUUUCAUUUGUAUAUUCAAGAUGAGUGUUGAGGUUCCAUCUUUUAGUGCUAAUGAAUUAAUCACUCGUUAUUGCUUUUUAAUUACAAUUUAAUACCGACAGUCUACUGCCAGAUGGCUAUAAAUACAAUUGUUUCAUUUAGAUUUUAAAUAAUCUGUGAUGCCGUUAAUCGAGUUACAUCGUAACCGUCUAACGUUCUGCUCGUGCCAAUAAAAAAAACACUGCAAUUUUCCAUUUCUGUUUAUUCUACCUUCGUACAAUUAAUAAACCCGAAAGAAUUUCAUCCAAACGAUUCGUCAUCGACGCCCAUUAAUUCCUGAAACGUUCAACAGCUGAAUGCCGAGCUCGUACUCGCGGUUCAAUUCUAGAUUAGAUGAAGCAAUAAAUUUAAGAGCUUUCUCGCGAAUUCGUAUCCAUGGUAUACGUAUAAUUUCGUGGGACAGAAUCGUUAUACUCGUUGUUAAGCAUUUUUAGGCGAUCGAAAUGGCGAAAAGCAACAACUUGUGUCGACAAGACCUGUCUCGAUCAAUCCAUUCCUUCAACAUUUUCUCUCUCGUCGUAUGCUUUCUCGCGUUACAAAUCGAUUGGAUUGAUCGAUGACAGCUUAGUCGAAAAAGAAAAAAAGAAAAUUAUAUAUGUAUCCACGUAAAUUUUCCAUAAGUUUACCUCUGUAUAAUUGGAGUACGCUUGAUCAUUCAGAUACUUUUUCUAUUAAUUUUUAUUACGUUGGUGAUGUUUCGUUAGAAUAGCGUUAGAAUAGAGUUUCAUUGAAGAAAAUAAAACAUUCAUCUUAAAAUCAUUGAAAAAUCGUUUCAUCGAGAGAUGUUCGCUUUAUAUGAAUAAUUAUUUCUCCAUGUCAUCAUCUUUCGUUCGACGAGUGUCUCUUCCCCGAUUUUUCUGUUGAUCAAAUAGCCCGAGUGACUCGUGGAUGAUUGAAAAGCAUCGGAAUUGUAGAGUGUAUCGGCUCGUGGAACAUUUUGCCGUUUUGCGUUUAACGACCUCACUGUCCGUCCCUGAAUCGUUUCUAGUUGAUAGACCGUCGGACGAGACUUCGUUGAUCGUCGUCUAUUUCUCAAACUGAUCUACAUUCUGAGCAAAUAACAUUAGUAUUACAUUAUUAAUAAAAUUUUACUAACACUUUUCAAAUGGUUACAUGUGAAAAUUAAGAAAUUUGAAUAAAAUUAAUAUUUAUUAUAUUAAUAAUGUAAGCUAACAAACUGAAAGUUUCAACCAGAUAAAAUAAAGUGAAAGGGUUGUUGAAAAGAAUGCAGAUUGAUUGAGAGGAAAAUGUUGUAUGGUUCUGACGAUUACACGUUGUUCUUGUCCCGGCUGUGUAAUUAUGUUGAAAAGAGUUGAUCGUAAGAGACGUAAGUGAACGUGUCGUAGGCGAGGCGAGGUUUGUGACAAUAUGUAAUUAUCGCGUGCUUAAACGAGUGACGGCUGAGAUUCUGUCUGAACCCUUUUAAAGUCUUAGUCUGGUCAAGUUGAUUAUGUCAGCCUGAAUGGAGUUAAAAAUCAGGAGAAUUGAAUGAUAGGUUGUUUUAAUUAAAAUUAACUGGACUGAGAGCCAUGGACUAAUAUAAAAUAUUAAGAUUAAUUUUAAUAAUAUCUGGAAUAUUAAUAUUAAUAUUAUUAAUCGAGCGCGACAUAGAUUCGCAAUGUCCAUAUAGAACGUGUUAAUUUUAACUUGUUUUUAGUUUCAGAUCAUGCUACGACUUUAAAAGUGACACUCGUAAGUUAGGCUUUACGCUUAGAAGAUAAUCUUCGGCUUGACAAAAGUAAAUCGAAACCGCUGUUGUUCCCUCGCUUUUAGAGGCCUCAAACCGGAAGCGAUUAAACCGAACGAAGAAGAUGAGCUUGUAAAACUGUGUCGUGUGUGGCGGUAGUUUUUGAACGGUGCUGUUAUUUAUCCUAGAAUCCCGAGAUUCACGUUUAAUUUCCGAACUUUUCUCGUCGCGUACCUUCAUCGUUCAAAACUGUCAUCAUUUUACGCUUUCAAUCGUAAUUUAUUAAACGAACGAUAAGUCGAAGACUUUGGAACGGAAGUCAAUUCUAUAGGAAUAUAUGCAAUUGUGGAAUUAAAACAUCUUUCUUUCUUCAGCCUUGUUUACGAAGAAAUUAGUCUUGGAAAUGAUCGAUAAAUAUUUUAAUACAAUUGGAAAGUACCAUUGUAAUUUAUAAAUAUUCAAUUUCAGUAAAAAGUGAGAAUAAUUAAUUAACCUUGAUAAAUUUCAAAUAAUCAGUUAAAGUAAUUGAAUCUUAAAUUUGUGAAGGUUCAUUUGAAUAUUUAGUUCGCUUUUUCAAUGUAAAUUCAUUGUUCACCUAAAAGUUGUUACUAAAGAUACAUCAAUUCUUGCAUAUUAAUUAGAACAGAACAUCGAACAAAUUUAACAUUAUCACAAAUGAAUUUUAUAUAAACAAAAAUAAGAACAAACUAUACAAAUCCAUCUUAAAGAAUAAGUGCAGCCGAAGUUUCCAUGGAUUUGUACUUAAUCUAUCGCGCGAAUUUAUACGCUCGUUAUAUUCUUUUUUUUUUUUAUAAUAGACAAUUUUUUACCAAGUCGUUCAGCUGACGAGAACGUAAGUUUCGGAAACUACACGUGCAUUGUCGUGUGUAUGUAUACGUACGCAAUUACGGUGUAACGGUUAAUUAAAUUGUAAUUGUUGUCGCGAUUGAUAUAGAUUUUAAUUAAUCGAGGUAUAUUUUUCUCUUGGUGCCGAAAGGCCCGGCCUCUAACAGGUGCACACCUUGCCCCAUCGUCUGUUUUUUUAUAGAUCGAGCAAUAAACGUAUUGUUUCAACCAAAA